AAAAGAGGGAAAAGCAAAAGCGAGCGAGAGGGAAGGAAACAAGAGUGUGAGAGAGUCACUGCACACAAACACACACACACACACACACACUCUCUGCGCUAACCUACCUCCUUCUCAGAUCUUCCAUUUCUGCACUCAAUUUCUUCAUCAAUGGAACAGUAUGAGAAGGUUGAGAAGAUCGGCGAAGGAACCUACGGCGUCGUUUACAAGGCUCGCGACCGCGUCACCAACGAGACCAUCGCGCUCAAGAAGAUUCGUCUCGAGCAGGAGGAUGAAGGUGUUCCCAGCACCGCCAUACGCGAGAUUUCACUCCUCAAAGAAAUGCAGCACAGGAACAUUGUUAGGUUGCAGGAUGUAGUGCACAGCGAGAAGCGAUUGUAUCUGGUAUUUGAGUAUUUGGACUUAGAUCUGAAGAAGCACAUGGAUUCAUCUCCUGAGUUUGUGAAAGACCCGCGACAAGUAAAGAUGUUCCUUUAUCAAAUUCUCUGUGGCAUUGCUUACUGUCAUUCGCAUAGAGUUCUUCAUCGAGACUUGAAACCACAGAAUUUGUUGAUAGACCGUCGUACUAAUUCACUAAAGCUUGCAGAUUUUGGAUUGGCUAGGGCAUUUGGCAUUCCUGUCAGGACAUUUACUCAUGAGGUGGUGACAUUGUGGUACAGAGCUCCAGAAAUAUUGCUUGGAUCUCGUCAUUAUUCCACCCCUGUUGAUGUUUGGUCAGUGGGAUGCAUAUUUGCAGAGAUGGUAAAUAGACGACCUCUAUUCCCUGGAGACUCUGAGAUUGAUGAAUUGUUUAGAAUAUUCAGAAUCCUGGGAACACCAAAUGAGGAUACAUGGCCUGGAGUAACUUCAUUGCCUGAUUUUAAAUCAACAUUUCCCAAGUGGCCAUCCAAGGACCUGGCAUCUAUGGUUCCAAAUCUUGAUCCAGCUGGUCUUAAUCUUCUUUCUAGUAUGCUUUGCUUGGAUCCCACCAAAAGAAUCACUGCCAGGAGCGCUGUGGAGCAUGAAUACUUCAAAGACAUUAAAUUUGUACCAUGAUCCCUUAUCUUCAUGGCAAAGGUGUUUAUAAAUAUGUGCAGAAUUUAUGGGUUUUGACUAUGCGAGAAUGCUUGCUAUCUUGGUAUUUUCUUCUAUGCUUGGGACUCAGUCACAUUUCAAUUUUGUAUUUUGUCCUUACAAAUAUUUCAGAAUCAACUAGAGUGUGAACUGUGUGAUCAAAUUGCGCAUUACCUUUUUGUCCUGUCCAAAUCUCAAUAUAGUACACCAGCUAAAUUUUCAGUU